UACAAGUUUGCGCGUGUUGUAAAGCGAAUAUAUAUAAAAGUUGAAGUUAAGCAAUUACUUUUAAUAAUAAAAUAAAUCCAGGAUUUUGUUAGGAAAAAAGAACUAAAUACUACUAUUUGAAAUGCCUAAACGUGGUGGGCAACGAAAUAACAAUUAUAACAACAAUGGAAAUAGAUUUGGUUCACUGAAUUCGUAUUCGGAUGAGCACGAUGAUCGAACUAAUAAAGAGAGAUCAACUACUCGAAGAGUUAGUUUCAAAGCUUCAUGUUUGUUCCAAAAUAAGAAUGUUUUCAAGAAUCGAUUGGCAGACAUGGCCAUUCAAAAUAGAUUGGAAGAAGACGAGGAUAUGGGUGGAUCAAGGCAAUUUGAAGGUGGUCGUUCGGAUCGAGGAGGAAGGAGAAAAGGAUCGCCAAUACCAAGGGGAAAGUUUGGUGGCAGAAAACUUUUGCCGAAUUCUUUUGGAUGGUACCAAAUCACGAUAAAUUUUGGUCAAAAAUAUAACAAAGAUGAAGUUAUCCGACAAAUUCUGGCCGCAAUUUACCCCGAAGUUUUUAUUCCGUUGUAUUGGCGAACAGAAAAACAUGGUGUCAUCUUUUAUGUGACGGACUUUAGAGUUGCCGAAAUUCUGCAGAGUGCCGAUCGAAAUAUUCAAAUGCAUGAUGGAUUCAAGUUACCAGUCCGUGUCCGACCUGGGACUCCUCAAGUGCCAAUCGAUGAACAAUAUAAGGAAAAGAUAAAACUUGCAAUGGCCAAACGUUAUAAUGCCAAUACAAGAGCUCUAAAUUUAUCUAAAUUCAAUGCGGAUCCUGAUUUUAAGGAUAUGUUUCUCUCCUUAGCUAGAUCACCAAUUAUGUCGGCUGUAAUUGAUAUUAUUGAAAAGAACAUACCUGAAUUGGAAGCAUUAAAUCUAAAUGACAAUCAAAUGGUUACAAUGGAGAGUUUUAAAAACAUCGCACAAAAAUUGCCGCAACUUAAAGUUUUAUAUCUCGAAGAAAAUAAAAUUCCAUCACUUGCUCAUCUAUUGGUGUUCCGAAAUGCGAACAUAACAGAAUUGGCCCUCAAAAUGAAUCCAUUGCGAUCGCGUUAUAAAGAUCAAUCCCUCUAUAUAAGUGAAGUACGCAAAAAGUUUCCAAAGCUUGUCAAGCUGGACGGUAAGGACUUGGAACCACUAAUUCUUUUUGAUGUAAAUGACACAGGGUCAUUGCCAAAGCCGAAGGCGUCGUUCUUAUGUGAUGCUUCGGGUGCAGAUAUUAUCCGGCAGUUUUUGGAGCAAUAUUUUAUCAUAUUCGAUUCAGAUAAUCGACAACCCCUUUUGGAUGCAUAUCAUGAACAAGCAAUGUUAACAAUUGCUUUGCCGCCAAUUAGUCAAUCAGGAAGGCUUGCCGCAUUUUCAAAAUUGAAUCGUAAUUUAAAAAGAAACAACACGAACGUUGACAUUGAAAAAUGGCGUUACGUAAAGUAUGGAAGAUUACCAGUUGUGUCAACCCUAGUUGAAUGGCCAAAGACGUUACACGAUCCACAAUCAUUUACUGUAGAUCUGACCUUGUUUACUCCAAAAUUAAUCUCUUUCACUGUAGCGGGACUUUUUAAGGAGUUCGACGUUGAUACUGGUGCAAGUACGAGCACUAGUAGCAGCAAUAAUAACAAAACAGAAAUUCGUUACUUCCAGAGGCAAUUUGUAAUUGUUCCUGCGGGCAGUGGUUUUUGUAUAAGAAAUGAGUUGAUAUUUCUAACAAGUGCAACAUUUUUACAAAUCAAAAAGGCUUUUAAACCACCAGCAGAAAUUGCUCCUGUACAAAAUACCCCAAUUGGGCUACCUCCAAUAGGAGCACCUGGAGGGCUGCAAAAUAGGUUACAAGUUGGACAGCCAUCUACACCGCAAGUUGCGAUGAUGGCACCACAAAUGGCUGCUGGCAGCAAUAUACCCGAUGAAGCUACAAAAUUACAAAUGAUACAGGCGAUGAGCAGCCAAAGUAACAUGAACCUGGAAUGGAGUAGAAAAUGCCUUGAAGAAACUAAAUGGGACUUCAAUCACGCAGCUUUUGUGUUCGAUAAACUACAAAAAGAGAAUAAGAUACCAGCGGAGGCUUUUAUUAAAUAAAUCAUUAAAUGAUAUCGUGUCCCUCAAUUUUAUACGUUGCGAUAGUUCUUAACUUUGAUAGAAUUACAUAUACAUAAAGAAAGCAAAUAGUGUUUGAAAAUCUUGAAUAGGUGUUAAAUACUGUUAUAAGAAAACAAAAUUAUAGAAAAAAUAAUUUUAAUUAUUAAAAUGUAUAAAAGUAAAUAAAAAUCAAAAAUCUAUUAUUUUAAUGUAUUCAGUUCAAAUUAAUUAGAGAGUGAAUAUAUACAAAUUAUCAUUGUCUUAUCACUCUCUAUUUCAUUUCAAACAAAUUAAAGUUAAGUUUUAACCCCCAUUUCAAGUAAUUGGAAAAUUAAAAAUGUACAAAAAUAAAAAAAAAAUAUUUCCUAAUGUUUCUUUUGUUAAAAUUAGGAAUAGUUUGAAAAAUCUGUAGUUUAACCUUAUUCAAAGUUACUUUAAAAGUUAAGCUUAACUAUAUUAUUUGAAAUAUCAACAAAUUUGAAAGCUUCAAUAAUUGAUCAUGUUGCGAGGCAAGCACUUUUGAAGUGACAAUUGAUAAAGGUAUAACUUACUUUUUUUUUGUACUGAACACAUUUUAACAAUAAUAACAAAGACAAAUAAUAUAUUUUGGUAUUUAAUUUUGUCAAUUUUUAUGUCCAACUUCUUGUAAUAUUUAAGUUGAACGUAUCUAGGGAAAAUAAAUGUAUUGUUUUUUAAAUUGUUUAUUUUUUAUAUUAACUUGUUGCAAAUAUAGUCUGGUUUUGAUAUAGAAAUAGUUUUAAAAGCUAGAUUUAUCUGACGUUAAUAUAUUUUUUUGCUCAAUCGCCAAUUAUUAAUUUAAGGAUUUAAAUAUAAUUUUUAGUUGAUCUUAAAAAUAAACCACAAGGAUUGAAGUAAUGAAAA